AUGACCACAUUUGUCGGCACAUUUGGGUACGCUGCACCAGAGAUAGCUUUCAUCAUGGAAGCCAAUGAGAAAUGUGAUGUUUAUAGUUUUGGAGUGUUGACUUUAGAAAUCAUCAUGGGAAUACAUCCAGGAGAACUUAUUUCAUCUUUGAUGGAGGGAUCAACUGGUGAUGAUUUGUUGUUGAAGGAUGUGUUAGACCCACGACUUUCUCCCCUCACAAAACCAAUCCUAGAUGAGGUGAUCCUAGUUGCAAAAAUAGCAUGGUCCUGUUUGAAUGAGAAUCCUCAGUCUCGUCCAACCAUGGAACAAGUGGAGGUGGAUGGCAGUGUCUCGUCACUGGAGGUUUCCGAAGAGGGCGGCCAUUGGACUGUUUAG